AGCAAGAUGGCAGCUGCCAAACGUGUGCUGUAUGUUGGUGGCCUCGCUGAAGAAGUCGACGAAAAGGUUCUGCAUGCUGCGUUCAUUCCGUUUGGAGACAUCACUGAUAUCCAGAUACCGCUGGACUAUGAAACUGAAAAACAUCGAGGAUUUGCCUUCAUCGAGUUCGAACUGGCAGAGGAUGCCGCUGCAGCCAUUGACAAUAUGAAUGAGUCAGAACUGUUUGGCAGAACAAUCAGGGUGAACAUUGCCAAGCCCAUGAGAAUCAAAGAAGGCUCCUCUCGACCGGUGUGGUCGGAUGAUGAUUGGCUGAAGAAGUUUUCCGGGAAGACCACAGAGGAGGCAGAGGGGGCGGAGCCUGCUGGAGAGGCAGCCGGUACAGAAACACAAGAGGGCGAACCUCCUGCCAAGAAGGGCAGGACCAACCCCCAGGUCUAUAUGGACAUCAAGAUUGGAAACAAGCCAGCAGGACGACUACGGUUCCUGCUCCGAGCUGACAUCGUUCCCAUGACGGCAGAGAACUUCCGUUGCCUCUGCACCCACGAGAAGGGUUUCGGGUUCAAAGGCAGUAGCUUCCACCGGAUCAUCCCGCAGUUUAUGUGCCAGGGUGGAGACUUCACUAACCACAACGGCACAGGAGGCAAAUCUAUCUACGGACGCAAGUUUGAUGAUGAGAAUUUCGUCCUCAAACAUACUGGCUCAGGGCAGCUCUCCAUGGCCAACUCGGGCACCAACACCAACGGCUCGCAGUUCUUCAUCACCUGCGACAAGACGGACUGGCUGGACGGCAAGCACGUGGUGUUCGGGGAGGUGAUGGAGGGCAUGGACGUGGUGCGCGCCAUGGAGGCUCAGGGCACGAAAGACGGGAAGCCCAAGCAGAAGGUGAUCAUCUCAGACUGUGGGGAGUAUGUGUGAAGGGCAUACAUAAGGAGAUGCGCCCGUUACGGCGGUGCCGUAGGUCCAGUAUGCUGGGUGCGGGAGUCGCUUUGGCAGACAUUAUAGCUGAUGGGGGCUGGGUCAGGAUUUAAUGGUUUGGAAAGGGAGACUGUUGGAGGCACUAGCAGUGCGCUGCCAAACCCAAAUGGAUCCGGGUCACUGCCCCAACCGCAGACCUCCCUUAGCAUUUCAGGUGUGCAUCUAGAACAGAAACCUUUUCACUCAGUGUCCUGUGUGUUUAUACCAA